CUCCACCAGGAUCAACUUCCCUCCCAUCACCAGCAGCACUGUGCAGCGGGUAUUCCUGAGUUGAUGUGUGCUGUCAGACCAUUGUGAAGUACACACCGAGGGACCUCCUCGGUCCAUAUGAGCUGAGUGUUCUGGAGCCUAACCUGUGCGUCGGCGCACCGUAGAGAAGCAUGCAAACUGGGAUUCUGCAGCUCCCUGGACCAGUGAGAGGAAGGUGCGCAAAAGCAGACUGAACCCUCAAGGGCCUCAGACGGGAACCAUGUGUAGCUCUCUGAGCCCGAAACAGUCUUUUAGCCCUGGGCUGACGGACAUGCAGCAGUACCAACAUUGGCUCUCCAGUCGGCAUGAAGCCAGCCUCCUGCCAAUGAAGGAAGACUUAGCCCUGUGGCUCACUAACAUUCUUGGUCUGGAAAUCACAGCUGAGAACUUCAUGGAUCGGUUAGACAAUGGAUUCCUGCUAUGCCGGUUGGCUGAGACCCUCCAGGAGAAGUUCAGGCAAAGUAUUGAAGACUUCCCUAACCUUGGCAACGGCAAGAGAAUCCCUAAUCGGAGGAUUCCGUGUCGGCAGAGUGCUCCCUCUGGCUCCUUCUUUGCCAGGGACAACACAGCAAACUUCCUGGCCUGGUGCCGUGAGGUUGGAGUUGGAGAAACGUGUCUCUUCGAGUCAGAAGGUUUAGUUCUUCACAGGGAGCCGCGGGAGGUGUGCCUCUGUCUUUUAGAGUUGGGCCGGAUAGCCUCACGGUACAACAUAGAGCCUCCAGGUCUUAUUAAACUGGAGAAGGAGAUUGAGCAAGAAGAGAAAUCUCCUCCACCUCCUCCAUCGCCUGUAACUUCAGCCCAGCCCCUCCCUUCACCUCCAUCUUCUCCUUCUCCAUCACCUUCCCCAUCGCCAAGUCCGACCAAAGUGACUCCAAGCAAAAAGAGUACAGGGAAGUUGUUGGAUGAUGCUGUUAGACACAUCGCUGAUGAUCCACCCUGCAGGUGUGAGAAUAAGUUUUGUGUGGAGAGACAGUCACAGGGUCGUUACCGUGUUGGAGAGAAGAUGCUGUUUAUAAGGAUGCUGCACAACAAGCAUGUGAUGGUGCGAGUAGGUGGCGGCUGGGAAACAUUUGAAAGCUACCUCCUGAAACACGACCCCUGCCGCAUGCUCCAGUUCUCAAGGGUGGAUGGCAAGACAUCCCUCAUUAGCAGCAAAACCCCCAACAUCAAGGACCUUUCACCUGACAGCUACCUGGUGGUGGCAGCUCACUAUCGCAGCAAGAAGUAAAGACGUGCAACAGAAAAACAGCUACACAACAGUACAGAGGACCACCUUGAGUUGUUGCUUCUUGUACUAUAUUAAAGCUCUACGGAUCUGUAGGAAGAGAGAGUACGACUCUAAAAAAGUGAUUUGUAUUUUCUUGGAAAAUAAAAAAAACAUGUAUAUCUGUAAUGAAAGCCUGGAAAAAUGUAAAUUAAAAGUUUAAAGCAGACAAUUUGAUAUUUUAAAGUGGUUAAAUAGGUGCAUUGGAAGGGGUUUCUUUUUUUGUAUUGCAACUUUACUUGAAAUGAUAAACAUAAAGUAGGUUUGUUUAUUCAUAUUGAAGGGGGAAAUGUAAGCACCUUUUUAAAGAAGAUUUUUACAUCCUCAUGACAUUGAAUUUUAAAAAAUGAAAUUAUGAGGGGUUAGAGUAAGGAAAACUUGUUUAGAAUCAAUUAUCUUUUUUUUUUUUAAAUUAUCAUUAAAGUGCUAUUACACAUGUCAAAUAGCAAUCAAAAUACAAGUAGAAACACUGCAACCCAAAGAACCUUUUAAACUUUUUCAUAACGGUAACAUUUCUUGCAAAUUCUGGUAAAUAACCUUCACUUCAUGAACGAUAAUGUAUGUGCUUUAAGAAAAUGCCAUGCAAUACUUGUUUCUAAUUCUCAUUGAUUCUAAUAUGUAGUAUAGAAUAAUCCAGUCUUUUUUAUUUAAAGAACAUAACCAUAUGUACCACUGAUACUUAUUGAUUCAUUACUACAAGCCUGCACAUUUUUUUACAAGGCUUUUUUAGUUAUUUUUUCCCUGUACGUUACUGCCCCCUAGAGGUAAUUCACGAAAAUAACAGCUUUUCAUUUAGAUUCCUACAUUGCUACUAGCAGACGCAAGGCAUUUAAUUUUCUGCAUUAUACUUUAAAUUAUAAGCUUUAUUGUGAUAUUAGUAACUUGCUUUAGUAUACGACCCUUGGUUGCACAGUGAUUUACAAGUUUGUGUGUAAAAUAAUCUCUAUUUUUAAGAUGUACAUUUUUAAUAAAUUCGCCAACAUUGUGACUUAAAAA